AUGAGCCGCCGCGCUUCCCACAACAGUUCCAAGGGGAACACUGGAGCUGUUCUGACUGGUGCAGGCAGGUUUGCAGGCGCCCACAACCUCCUCACGCACGUUCGAGGAGUGACGAGGGCAAAAGGCGGGGGCGGGGAUGCCCUGGGUAAAAGCGGCCGGAAGCAUGGGGUUCUCGACCACACGGACAGCAUCAAGAGGCGGGAACUGAACUUUGACGAAGAAGCCUGGGCUCGGACCUCGACUUUGGACUAUUCGCCGUAUAAGCUGCAUCGUAUGCAGGAAAGCGAGGGCACCACGCAGGUGAGCGGCGAUGAUUACGGGGAAGUGUCUCCAGGAGAGGAGGCAGGCGAAAUAGAGGCUCUUGACGAACAUGGAGAGGAAGAGGAAUACGCGAAUGAUUCUGGCGACUACUACGAGGCGGACAAGGCCGCCGGCGGAGAGGAAGAGGCGGCAGAGGGCUACACAUACGAGGGCGGGGAAGAGGAAGAUGAGUACUAUUAUGAGGACAGCUCGUACCAGCAAGGCGAGGAGGGGGUAGAAGAAGAGGCAGAGGAGGCGGAAGUUCCCGAGGAUUAUACAGUGCCAACAGGAGAAGAAGAUGAUGCGGAAGAGCAGGGUGGCGAGUACGCUUACGAGUAUGAGUACGAAGGAGAGGGGGACUAUGCAGAGGAGGAAGCGGAUAAGGACUUGCAAGAAACAGAAUGGGCUGACGGUGACGGAUACGAAGAGGCAGAGGUCGAGGUAGGAGAUGACUACGAGGAUGCACGCGAGGGCGAGGAGGAGGAGGAAGGCUACGGGGAGGUGUACGAAGAGGAAGAGCACGAGGAGGAGGAAGAGGCUACUCCUGCCAAUCCCUUAGCUCCAUACACAUUGUCCCAGAUUGCUACGAAAGUGCAGGUUAGGCAUGUGCCAGGAAAGGGGCGAUGCUUAUAUACGAAGCACGACCUCGAACCUGGCGCGAUUAUCUUUGUGGAGACGCCUGUUCUUGUGGCGAUCCCGUCUUUGGACGAGGAGCUUUGGAGCGCACUAACCGAGAUAAACGACGAGGAAGCUCUGGAAUUGCCUCCGGUGUGGCAUCUGGCGGCGAUUUGCAGUCUGACAAUGCUUGACGACGAGAAAAAACAAAUUUGUCUCGACAAGUGGGUUCCCGAUCCAGACAGGCCCCCGAGUGAUGACGUUCUCCGAGUUAUCAACAGGGCCGGCCUGGAGGUCCAUCCCCAGCUUUAUGAGCGCAUGCUGAUGGUUUGGAGGUACAAUUCCUUCGGCCAUCACACGGAGCAGCAAGGCCUGGUGCUGUACAACCGCAUCAGCAUGAUGGCGCACAGCUGCAGAGCCACGGCUUGCUGGCACUAUGGGGAAGAUGAUGCCUUCGUGCUGCGUGCUCGCGUCAAGCUCCAAGCAGGAGACGAGCUGACGAUCUCGUACAUUGGAGAUGAUGAUCUGUUCAAGUCGACGAACGUGCGAAGAGAGAAAGUGCAAGGCUGGCUGUUCACAUGCCAGUGCGUUCGGUGCGCCGCCCCAGUUGACAACGCCCGAGGGUUCAGGUGUCCUCUAUGUGGCACCGGGGCGAUGUUUUUCAAAACAGACGACGAGGAAACCACUUCGUCUGCUUGCACCAUAUGUCAAGCGCUUCCAACACAAGAGACCAUUCAAGAAUAUCUGGACUUUGAACAAGCUUAUGUGGACAGGCUGGCGGAGACGGACAAAUCUGAUGUGCCCGAUGCAGAGCUCGUGUACAACCAGGCCACCCGCGUAUUUGCUCAGCACUGGGUUUUGUACCAGCUUAACACAAUAUUGUUCGAGGGCUAUCGCGACGGUGGCGACCACGAAUCGGCGUCAUUCCACCAGAUGGAACGUAUCAAAUACGUCUCGCAGGUCAUGCCUCUUGCAUCGUAUACGUUGGCGUGGCUCUAUGAGGAAAUGGGAGACACCAUGUUGAACAAGGCGGAGGAGUCGGGUCCGGAGAUCCCGGCCCACAAGUUGAACAUCAUAAGUCGACACUUCGAGGACGCGUACAAUCUUCUUUACAUUCUCUGCGGCGAAGACCACGACUACACGGUCGCCGCUGGAACCAAAAAAACUGCCUGCGAGGAACGCCUACCGGCCAGUUGA